CGAGCUCGAGGUUUUCAUCGACCAUAUGAUGCUUAGUUACAGGCAAUGUAUAGCAAUUCGCAAUCUAUCAAACUGCAGAAGAGUGUAAAACAACGUAGGUCUCAAAAUAAUUGUGAUGGUCCCGAUAAUGACUAUGGGACACAACCAUCAACAACCGCACAGACAACAGAACUUUCUCUCGUUGAUGAAGAUGUCAUGAUGUCAGAAGCAUCAACACCAGAACCUAUGAACGAUGCAAGCAGCAUAAAAAAUGAAAAACGGCCAUGGGAAAAGAAAAUAUACUUAAAUUGCGGCUUAUAUUCUGUUGAUCUUAAAUACAAAGAUAUACCAAAAAGGCGUAAUAAAGGCAAGCAAAAGGAAAGGCCGACUGAAAUUUUUCCCCUUCCAAUACAGUACGGCACAUUUCUUAUGACAGAAGAAAGAAAUUUCCGCUUGCCUUGGGAUGUAAUGAUCGCUCAUAAACAGGGAAUAUUAAAAAGACGCCCCGCACCAUAUAAGAAAAUCCCUUGCAAUAUAUUCAUUGAGCGUAGACGUAAGCAUGAAAAGCCAGUAGUUUGUCAAUGCAUUUUACCCAGUGAUGGGGGUACUGGAUGCACAGAAGAGUGCUAUAAUCGGGUAAUGUUCUACGAAUGCUCUCCUAAAGAUUGUCCGUGCAAAGACAAAUGUUCCAAUCAACGGUUCCAAAAGAAGGAGCGUGUAAAGGAACUUGAGGUGAUUGAGACUCCGAACAAGGGAUUUGGUCUUCGCACGAAAGUGCCAAUCAAAAAAGGUCAACUAAUAAUAGAAUAUCGUGGUGAAGUAAUUUCACACGAGACAGCAAUGCAACGAAUGGAAACGCUAUACAAAAAUAGAAGACACUCGUACUUUUUGGAUUACGAAAAGGGCGAAGUUCUUGAUGGAGGUUCACGUGGCACAGAGGCUAGGUUUAUCAAUCAUAGCUGUGCACCGAACUGUCAUAUCGAGAAAUGGCGAGCUCCACAGGGCGAACUUUUUGUUGGCGUAUUCGCGUCAAAAAAUAUAGUGGCGAGAACUGAGUUGACGUACGACUACAACUUCUCGAAGUUCGGUGGUGCCGAAGAGCAGUUAUGUUACUGCGGAACACCUACAUGUCGCGGUUUAAUGGGCUCAAAACGGGGCCAAAAGGAGUCCAUCAAAUCCAUAAAGAAGAAAGUGAAAGGUGCUCCCGCAAUCACGGCAUGUACGCCGCUCUCGCCGAAAGAGCAACUGGUCGAAACAUCGGCCCAAGAGGAAUCGAUCGCAGGACUUUUAUCCGAUGGGUCACUUUCAUCGGUUGAUUCAUCGUUGGCCGCGACACCUACUGAGUCGUCACCUUCCAUAUCUUCGUCCACCGCAAGCAAUCCGUUAUUGCUUGCGGUGGAUAUGCUUGAAGUGGAUAUGCUUGAUGACCUAAUGGAAUUGUAGGGCCAGGUCACAAGACCGCUUUAAAAUAUAAAAAUGUUUGUUUUUAUACUUUUAUAAUUUUGAAUAUAUUUUGGAUUGUUUAUUUAUAAUUUGCUAAUAAACAAAUAAUUUAAAAUAUAAUUAUUAAAA